UACAGUGCAGAAUUGACAUUGUCAGCGUGAUAAUGUAAACAAACAAAAACAGUUUUGCACUAGCAAUUUAUUCCAGUCCAAUUUUAUUUUUUUACGACUUCUCAACUUGAAUCUAUAACUCUAACAUAAUAAUGGAAGAAUCCAAAAAAGGAGUAAAGAGAAAGAGAAACACUAAUUUGGAUUCAAAAGUAAUUAUAGAUAACACUGCACCUCUGACAGAGGUUAUUCACGAUCUGUACCACAGGGAAACUACAUUUAGUAAGCCUUACCGCCUUUACUACCAAUUGCUGGGCCAACGCAGGUACAAAGGCAUUGUUUCGGCAGUAAACAGAGACUUGUUUCAUUUCGCACUCCCCGGACACCCAUUGAACGCCUUCACAGACAACUACGAUGGAGAAAUUGAUUACUGCUAUUUUGAAAAGUUUCCAUACAAGAGUUUAUUGCCAAAAUAUAUCACAAAUAUCAAGCACCAGCAGAAAGAGGAUCCCAUAACUGAUUUACUGAAAAGAAAGCAUGAAUGGAGGUAUAAAAUACACAAGCAAAAAACCUUAUGUUUUGUUUCUGAGGAAAAAACAAAGAUCGAACAUUUGAACGAGGAAGUGAUGCAGGUACCUCAGUACCUGGUAGAUUUGGCAGCUCAUAUCGACAGUGACCCUGAUAAGAAUUUUACAGAUUCAUACAACUGGUACUAUGCAGGGAAUGGAAAUUUGCAGCUUGUUUGUGUACAUUGGAUGGACUACUUACUGCAUAGUGAAUUUAAUUGUGUUUCAUUAACAAGGUUCCACAAAGACAAUUUGACUAUCGACUAUGAUGACACUACUUCUUUCUAUUGCAACAACAACAUUUUGGAAACAAUAUGCUCUUCUAACAACACUGUAGCCGUCAGGACUGCUUUUAAAAUAUUCAUCCUAAAAAUUAUAGAAAACGACGGCAAGGUACAGCUAGAAAAACUUAAGUCUUUUGAUUCCGAGCUGCCAUUCACAAGUAUAUCAUUUGAUAAAGUUCACACAAAUAUUUUGUAUGUGACAGAUUUGAACUGCAAAUUAACUAUUAUAAAUAUAGACAGAAUUACGGGAAGAUGCGUAAAUUUGAAAAAAUGCAGUCAAUCAAUAGUAAAUAAUUGGAAUACAGUGAUUGGUGUAUCUCGUGGUAUUUAUAUGCAUGUAGACAAAAAAGCUAUAACUGGAUAUGACAAGAGAACUCAUGUUCCUAUCGACACUUGGGAUAGAGUAGCUGAUAUUGUGGACGAGACUGACUGCAACGCUUUGUCGGCAGUUUUUCAAGUGGAAGACUCACCAAACUUAUAUUUUACAACUGAACAUCAUCUAUUCCUUAUGGAUUCAAGAUGUAGUAAAAAAAAUAAAUUGAAAGUGGUUCAAAGAUGGACACAUGGCAUGCAAUGUGUUCCGACAUAUAUUUCAAUCCGUAAAGCGGAAGUGAAUAAAGAAUUAGUAAUUUUGAGUAGUCAAUGGUGUGAAGAUAUGUGUGUAGUUAGUAGUUAUGCUGAUAGACUUACCAGGAUAACAGAUGUUGAUGGAGUAGCGAUUCCUUACAGGCCGCCUAACAUAUUCAAUACCUUGUCUGAAUCAAGACAGAAGCUACUAUGUAUGGACAUGAAUAAUCCUGUAGACAAUAGAUUGGCGUACUCAAUCAGUGGCAAAAUAGAAGUCGAUAUAGGAAGCAAGUUUGCUGUAUUGAUGCAAAACUCUGUAGGCGAUAUUUCUUCACAUUUACUUUAUCCUUUGUACAUGGAAGAUCUUAUGGACGACGAUGCUAUACCUCGAUUAGACGAGUGGGCGAAAUUAUACAAAGUUGAAAAGAAACCUUUUGAAGUCACGGGAAUUUAUAAUUUUAGAAGCAUUUGGAAGAAAUUACGAAAGAUGCCAGACAGUUUUGAAGGUGUCAACAUAGAGGUAGAUAGAGAGAAGCCCUUGCCUAGUGAGAAAGAAAUAUUAGAUGUAUUUAGGAAUGAAGAAAUAAUGCCCGAGCUGUUGGAUGCUUGGGAUGAUAUCACCAACAACCCUGACCAAUCAUACUUAGAUCUAAAUAUUAAUGUACAAAGCGAUGGAGAAUAAAUAAAACGAAAUAAUUAAU